UUUUUCUCUCCAGAGAUGUAAAAGCAGCCUAAAUCUCUUUUAGUGUGGCACGACAACGCUACAGACUCGAAACGGUGACAUCGUGCUCUUACAUAUCAUAAAUACAUGCGAUAUUUCCGGGACAGCGGUGCGGUUUCAACCUCAGCGUUAUUCUAAGGCCACCCACCCCCCCUUUUUGUUCAGCUCGAUGGUAGGUGCCGAUGUCGCUAUGGCAGCUCACGCGAGCGAACUGGAGCUGGCGAAGAAGAACUUAACGGACGCCAUCGGGGACAAUAUAAAGCAUUACUGGGCGAAUUUGAAGCUGUGGUUCAAACAGAAAAUCAGUAAAGAGGAGUUUGAUGUUGAGGCGCGCCGCCUUCUGGGACACGACAAUGUUCACAUCCACAAUGACUUCCUGCUGGCCAUUCUCACACGCUGCCAGAUUAUCGUGUCCACACCAGCAGAGGGUCCCGGUUCGCUGCAGUGGUCCAGUGGUUCUGCCUCGAAGCCCACCAAGCCAAAAGGCAAAAAGAAGUUUUCCUCCGUGCGCCAGAAAUUCGACCAUCGCUUCCAGCCCCAGAACCCGCUGAGUGGAGCUCAGACGUUCAGCCCUCGCGAGGCCGGAACGGAGGAGGAGGAGAUGAUGAAGCUCAGCGCUCACACGCUCUUACUGCCCACGCGGGGGCAGCUGGAGGCCCGCAUGAUGGUGACCGCCUUCGAGAUGGGCCUUGACAACGUCACCGAGGACGCCGUGAGCACUGUCGUGUACGCUCUCGAGGUGCAUUUAAAAGACCUCAUCACCGCAGUGGUGUCUCGGAGAAGAGCCUACCGUCUGAGAGAGGGACGUUUCCAGUACGCCUUCGGCAGUGACGUCGCACCGCAGCCGUACCUGAAGAACAGCCUGGCUGCGUACCACACCGUCACCGAAUACCCCCCUCCCAGUGCCUCGCUGCCGGGUGCUCCGCCCCCUCAGGUGUCUCCAGACGAUGCAGAGCAGCAAGCUGCUUUCCUAUUGGCCUGCUCUGGUUCCAGUGCCCCCGCCCCCCUGCCUCCCAUCAGCAUGUACGAUCUCCUGGAGGCUCUACAGGUGCACCGCAGCGCGAUGCCGUCUCACACCGUCUACGCCCUGAACAUGGAGCGCAUCCUCGCCCGGCUCUGGCACCCGAGUCACGAGGAGCUGGAGCAGGACAACAUCCACAGGCAGCGGCUGGCCGCCAAGGAGGGCCUGUCACUCUGCUGAGACACGAGGGGGCACACCUGGACCGUGUAUGAUCGUCAUUAUGGACAGUGUGGACUUCCGGAUCCUUUUAUUAGAAUAAUACAGUUUAUUUCAAUGGUUUGUAGGUAUAUCGGUCUGAAUCGGCUCGUCUGGGUUUGCACAUGACUGCAUAAUUACGUACAUGGACACUGAUUCAUUUUUUUAUUAUUAUUAUUAUUAUUAUUAUAAUGAGUUAGAUGUCACAGUAAGCCUUCCGUGCUCAGAAUUGUUACUCAUGGUCCAGUUAUGGUUUUACAUAGCUAGCGUCCAUGCUAACGUUCUGGACAGUUUAUAAUAUCUGUAUCACUUUUGUAAAUAUGUUUAUGAAGUAACGUUCCUACACACAUACCUUUUUUUUUUUUUCACUGUAAAGGUUUGUAAAUACAGGAAAUAAAGCCCGUCUGGUGCUCA